AUGGCCGAGCUGGGCAGCAAGGGGGUCACCGCUGGGAAGAUCGCCAGCAACGUGCAGAAGAAGCUGACCCGCGCGCAGGAGAAGGUCCUGCAGAAGCUUGGGAAAGCAGAUGAAACAAAAGAUGAACAGUUCGAACAGUGUGUGCAGAACUUCAACAAACAGCUGUCUGAAGGCACGAGGCUGCAGAAAGACCUCCGAACUUACUUGGCUUCCGUAAAAGCAAUGCAUGAGGCCUCCAAGAAGCUGACAGAGUGUUUGCAGGAAGUUUAUGAGCCGGAUUGGCCUGGGAGAGAUGACACAAAUAAAAUAGCAGAGAACAAUGAUCUCCUCUGGACAGAUUUCCAUCAGAAGCUGGUAGAUCAGGCACUUUUGACCAUGGAUACAUACCUUGGCCAGUUUCCAGAUAUUAAAUCUCGUAUAGCAAAGCGAGGAAGGAAGCUUGUGGAUUACGACAGUGCCAGACACCACUUUGAAGCCCUGCAAACCGCAAAGAAGAAGGAUGAAACUAAAAUUGCAAAGCCUGUUUCGCUGCUUGAGAAAGCCGCUCCUCAGUGGUGUCAAGGGAAGCUACAAGCUCACCUCGUUGCGCAAACUAAUCUGCUCCGAAAUCAGGCUGAAGAAGAGUUAGUAAAGGCUCAGAAGGUGUUUGAAGAGAUGAACGUUGAUCUGCAGGAGGAGCUGCCUUCACUAUGGAAUAGUCGUGUUGGUUUCUACGUCAACACAUUCCAGAGUAUAGCAGGCCUAGAAGAGAACUUCCACAAAGAAAUGAGCAAGUUGAACCAAAACCUCCAUGAUGUCCUGCUGGGUCUAGACAAGCAGUACUCAGGCAAUGCCUUCCCUGUUAAAGCACAGCCCAGUGACAGCACCCCAGCGAAAGCAAAUAAAAGCCCCUCACCUCCACCAGAUGGAUCUCCCAUCACCAGCCCUGAGACCAAGACUGUCAACCAUGAGCUGGAACCGUCCACUUUGGAAACACCUGGGGCAAGCAUCCCGAAGUCACCAUCUCAGUUGAGGAAAGGGCCUCCGGUGCCUCCGCCUCCAAAAGUCACCCCCUCCAAGGAGAUCAAGCAGGAGAACAUCAUCAGUCUGUUUGAUGACAAUUUUGUCCCUGAGAUAAGUGUGACAACCCCUUCGCAGUUUGAUGCCCCUGGGCCCUUCCAGGAGGGAGCCAGCCUGUUGGAUCUGGAUUUUGAUCCCAUUAAACCAGAUGCCACUGUGGGGAAGAACCCCACGCCCGCCUCCCAGUCUUUACCUUGGGAUUUAUGGGAGCCUGCAGAAGCAGCCCAUGCAGGAGCUGAAGCAGCUGGUUCAGAAGCAGCAGCUGGAGCUGAAGGAUCUAAAACUGAAGCUGAUUCAGGAUCUAACUCUCUGCCUGCUGUUGUUGUGGAAACUUUCCCUGCUACUGUCAAUGGCACUGUGGAAGGAGGCACUUCAUCUGAAAGAGCUGACAUGCCCCCAGGAUUCCUGUUCAAGGUUCAAGCUAUGCAUGAUUACACGGCCACUGACAGUGAUGAGCUGCAGCUGAAGGCUGGGGAUGUGGUGCUUGUGAUUCCAUUUGAGAACCCUGAGGAGCAGGAUGAAGGAUGGCUGAUGGGCGUGAAGGAGUCUGACUGGAUCCAGCAUAAGGAACUUGACCAAUGCCGAGGGGUUUUCCCUGAGAAUUUCACUGAGCGGGUGCAGUGA